CCCUCUCUUAAAGCGUCGCUCUGGUGCAGCCACGGGCGUGCAGACACCGGCAGACGCUCGCAGCUUCCGUCUCUUCCUCCCUGCUCUCCGUCUCGCAGACCCUCCAUCACUCCGUUGCUGGAUUAUAGCGCGCGGGCCGUACGCAAAUAGCCAAAAUGUCUGACAAACCGGACCUGACAGAGAUCGCCAGCUUCGACAAAACCAAGCUGAAGAAGACUGAGACGAAAGAAAAGAACCCUCUGCCCACCAAAGAGACCAUCGAGCAGGAGAGGAAAGGAGACGCCACGCCUUGACCCGGGGGGGGGGGGAACGGCGACGUGGGGCGGUCACGCCACGGCAAGAAGAAAGGAAGAAUAAGGAAGCACUUUGUUUUGGUUGUCAUAGUAUUAAAACGCCUUCUGUUGUGUUCUGACUCGGGUGCUAUGGUGCUCUGUGUGACGCUGUAAGGGUAUAUGGUGUCUACACUGGGCCUCUCUACUUGAGGGGGUGGGGUGGGGGGCCUGAGUCUGAUCUUUAUCUAUCAUGAACAUGUGCCGCUACUGUGCCACAUAUGGAGGGACAGGCAGGCGCUCAGACAAACAAA